GCGGGAAUCGGCGCUUCGGUGGCGGUGUUGGACACGUCGAGGGGGUCAGAAGUGGAGGGGCUUCUGAAGAGUCCGGGGGCUGUGACGGGGUGAGAUUCUGAGAGGGAGGCGCCGGUGGCAGGACUCGAUCUGGCAAGAAUCUUCUACUGACUCAACUUUUCCUGGAAAAAUGGACCAUUCCCACCACAUGGGGAUGACCAUGGGGAUGACCAUGGGGAUGAGCAGUGGGGAUGACAACACUACCAUGCCACCUUCUCACCAUCACCCGACCACUUCAGCUGCCCACGCUCACGAUCACAUGAUGAUGAUGAUGCCUAUGACCUUCUACUUUGGCUUUAAGAACGUGGAAAUAUUGUUUUCUGGUUUGGUGAUCAAUACAGCUGGAGAAAUGGCUGGAGCUUUUGUGGCAGUGUUUUUACUAGCCAUGUUCUACGAAGGACUCAAGAUAGCCCGAGAGGGCCUCCUGCGCAAGUCACAAGUCAGCAUUCGGUACAAUUCCAUGCCUGUCCCAGGACCAAAUGGAACCAUCCUUAUGGAGACACACAAAACUGUUGGGCAACAGAUGCUGAGCUUCCCUCACCUCCUGCAAACAGUGCUGCAUAUCAUCCAGGUGGUCAUCAGCUACUUCCUCAUGCUCAUCUUCAUGACCUACAACGGGUACCUCUGCAUUGCUGUAGCGGCAGGGGCCGGCACAGGGUACUUCUUCUUCAGCUGGAAGAAGGCAGUGGUAGUGGACAUCACAGAGCAUUGCCAUUAACGUCUAACUCCAUAGUGUGGCCUUAUCGAUUGCAGUGGGAAGCAGUUCAAGACUGGAAGACAGGAUUCCAAUCGUCUCUUCUUGCUCCUUAUCUCCUACAUACACACACACACACACACACACACACACACACACACAAACACACACCCCUGCUCAACAGAGGUUUAGCUUACAAUCUCUGAGCUGAAGUGGUAACCUUCCCCCGCUUUUUUCCCCUAAUAAUCUGAGUUUGCUAUUUCUGUUGAGGUGAAGCCACCCAUGAGAUGUUCUCUCCUUCCCCAUUAUCUUAGGUCCAAGUUAUAUAAUCUUAUCUAAUCCAGGUAGCUUUCUAUUCCACGACUUGAUCACCUGCUUCCUUUUUUAGUCUUCUGUUCUUUUAUUUUUUAACAGACAAUUUGUGAAUUUGGUGGGUUUUUCCUGGGUCAGUGAUGGAAAUGGAUUAACUUUAGCCAGGAUUGAUGGCAGGUGAGGGAAAUUCUUGCCCAGCUAAACCCAGAACCCAAACUUAACACUUAAAAAUAUGUUCUAGUCUUCGGACUCAAUGAGUGGGAGAUAGAUUGUGCCUUUCUCUGGGUGUGACGUGUUGCACUGAAAUCUUUGUAGGAGACAGAGAGGUGGUUUGAGAGUGUAUAAAUGCAGGCCCGGGGCCGGAGUGUGCAUUCUUGGGUGGCUGUCUCAUCAAUUUGUGUUCCCACCUAACAUUUUGAUUAGAAUGAACUUCUCAAUCAAAAAAAAAAAUGACAAUCAAUUUGGAAAAGUAGAAAUAGAUAUUUUAAAAUGAAACCAUUGACAUUUUACUUUGACUAGGUACCUUUGUAUGUCACAGCUGAGUGAAGCAAGCAUUUAAAUCAUUUUUCUCCCAUUAUUGUUUUCAUGUGUCUGCCUCUAAACCAGUGGUUUUCUGACUUUAGCGUGUAUUAGAAUCACCUGGAGAGCUUGUUAAACCCCUGGUUGCUGAGCCUUGACCCAGAGCGCCCCCAAAUUGGCAUUUUUAACAAGCUCCCAGGUGAUGCUCCUGCUGAUGAUCAGGGGACCACGCUUUGAGCAUCUCUGCUUUAAACUAAGGGAGUAUCACCUGGUGGGUGAGCUACUUGGUACUGGCCAUGGGAACUUGACUUGCUAUUAGUAGGUGGUGUGUCUGGGCUUAACUCAUGUACUAAAUGCUGCUGGUCAAUACUUAAUCAUUCCACAAACAUUUAUUCAGCCCCGACUGUGUUUGUGUGCCCAGGUGCACGUGCACAAAAGGCUGUAGCCAAAGUAACUUUUGUUAGCAUGUAUGAAAUCACUAGUCCUUAUUUUUAAAGAUCUGUAAUUUCUUGGAAAUGGCUUGAAGGUUAACAGAGACCUUUGAUCCGAAAUGUAAAUCAGCCAGUCAUGGAUUAGAAGGGCAAAAGCCGAGCCCUCUCUUUGGAGAGGCCUAGGGCACAGUCAGCUGAUGGCCAGAUUUUCCUCGGCCCCCGACAUCCAUGCCCAUACCAGGCAUAUCCUCAUUCUCUGCCUGACCAUCUUUGUUACUCUUGUGGGGGCUUGAUUAGAUCACAAGUGGCCAAAAGUACUUUCCUCAGUGAAGAAUCACAUUGGAUUUUUUAUUCUGUUGUUAGUCUACGCUGCAGUCUUGUUCCCAGUCCAACCUACCUCUGUAAAGUGACUCUUCUUGUGCCGGUCUGUUAAAUCUUGCCCUCCUUGGUGCUAGACUCCAUUUGUGCCUCAGGGCAGGAGAGACAAAACACAGCUAUCCUGUUGGCCUCUGUUGUGGUUUUGAAGUUUGUACUUUCUCUGUUGGUGCCAGUUAAAUAUUGGAGGGCGAGAAAUGUGUACUUUCGUGGCUUUGAACCAAGAGAGGGUUAUGCGCUUACUUGAUGGAGGUUAAAAUCUAAGAACCAUUAUUUAGAGUUUUAUGUUUUCCUCUCAUUCCAACCCCUUGCAGUGCUGAUACUUAGCAUAAGCAAAGGGAAUGACAGGUACUGAUAAAAAUCCAGCAUUAAGGUACAAAUAGCCUGUUAUCGUCUCGGAAGCCAAGGAAUAAUAAAAUCCUGAGAAAUAAAAUAAGAAUCAAUGUUUAGUAGUGACCCUGGUACUCUCUAGAAAUCUUGACAUGAUCUGCUAUAAAAUACCCUUUCAGGAACAGGACCUUAUCAGUAAGGUAAGAAAAAUCAAGGCCAGUUAAGACAAAAUGCUGUGAAUUUCAAACUCUUGGAGAGAAACAUCGGUUUGGGAUAAGUCUUCGGGCAUUCAAGAUAGAGUCUCAUGAAACACCUGAAUUCUAGCGAUCUUGAGCUAGGUUGCCAAAGGAAGAAACUAGUGAAGGAAAAAAAAAACAAAAAGUAAGCUUAAAUUCUUUCUUUCUUGAGCUGUUGGAUUGUGAUAAUAUAAUGAUCUUGUUAACUUUCAUUUCUGUAUCCCUGUUCAUUUAGAGUUUAGUGCCUGACUUCUUUGUUCCUUUCGGAUCCAAAUUUCUCUUUUCCUCCUGUUUGCAACUAUUAGAAGCUGCAUCCCCAUGUCUUUGGCCCCUUAUUCUUCUCUCCUGUUCCCUUUCUUUUAGUCUUUUAUCCCAUAUGUCUAGUUUAUUAAAUCUCCCUCGCCCUCCUGAUACAGUGGACAAUGCUGGCAGUUGGAUGUGGAUAUAGAUACCAACCAGAAGUUGUAAAACUUGAUAGAGACCCUAAGCACACUUUGAGGAGCAAUUGUCCCAAUGGAAUUUCUAUGAGGCUGGGUAAAGGGCUACCUGGUACUAUCCACAAAGUUACAGCAUCUUAGGUGCCGUUUCCAACCUGUGCUGGAGAAACACUCAGCCCCACAUUGCCCACACACAGAAUCUUCUCUGUCCACCAGGGAAUUAGAGAUGAAGGUUUCUUCACUACAUCUAUGGUAGGAUUGUCUGGAAUUCCCUUUUAGGCUGUGGGGUACUGAUAUUGGGUUCUAGCCACAGGGAUUCCUUGUAGAAGCUGGAAGGGGAGUUGGCAGGGAGUACACUUUCAUGUCAUUUAAUUUUGAUCUUGCCCUCUCCAGCUGCUUCCUUCAGAAGAUACAUCUAAAGAUACAAAGUCUGCAUUUGAUAUAAUGCCUUAAUCACUGGGUCUACAAUUAAUGUUGACUGUUUUAGAUUGUAAGCUCCUGGAGGGCAGUAUUGCUCUAGUAGGAAUGUUUUAACAGUGUCAUGUGCAAAAGAACAAAUAAAUAUUUUGAUUUUGUGA